CGCAUUGGUCUGCUGCGGUGUUUUUAUCUCGCUGUCAGUGCGCGAGCUGCUGGGCUUCGAAUGUUUGGAGGGACCGCAAAGCCAGAGGUCAGUCUUUACAUCUGAGGGCGUGGCAGAUUCCACAGGUGAACAUGGCUCAGGUGCUGCAUAUGGACUCCGGCUUCUCAGGAACGUCUAACCCCGCCCCUUCCCUGGGUAAGGCUGAGAUGCCGUACUCAGUGGAGACCCCGUACGGCUACCGGCUGGACCUGGACUUCCUGAAGUACGUCAACGACAUCGAGAAGGGCAACACCAUCAAGCGCGUGCCGAUCCAACGCAGACCCCGGUACGGCUCGCUGCCCCGCGGCAGCGGCGUCGGCGGCUACGGCUACACGGGCUCCUGGUGGACCUCCACCGAGUCGCUGUGCUCCAACGUCAGCAUGGACAGCCGCCACUCGUCCUACUCCUACUGCGCCCCCGGUUACCAGGCGCCGGCGCGGGCCGGCGCGGCGGCCGUGGGCGGGGCCUUCAGCCUGAGCGCGGCGCGCGUGGAGAAGACGCUGCUGGACGCGCGGCGGCGGCUGGAGGAGGAGAAGGCGGGCCGGCGGCUCUCGGGCCUGGGGAGCGCCCGCGGCAGCGUGACCGGCUCCACCGCGUCCCUGUCCGGCGCCGCCCGCCAGUACACCCCCGCCAGCUCGGGCCUGUCCACGCCCGUCUGCCCGACCCCCGCCCACCUGCAGCACGUGCGCGAGCAGAUGGCGCUGGCGCUGCGGAAGAUCCGGGAGCUGGAGGAGCAGGUGAAGACCAUCCCCGUGCUGCAGGUGAAGAUCUCCGUGCUGCAGGAGGAGAAGAGGCAGCUCAGCGUCCAGCUCAAGAGCCAGAAGUUCCUGGGCCACACCCUGGGUUUCGGGCGGAGCCGCCCCCAGAGCGAGCUCUACAUCCACAUCCCCGAGGAGGAGGCUCCGCCCCCCGCCGCCGCCGCCACCCCCGCCACCCCCGACGGCUCCAAGCAGGACUCCGGCUGCGAGAUCGAGGACACGGUGCUGGUGGGCGGGGCCCGGCCCGGCAGGAGGGAGGUGCGCUCCGUCGGCGUGGGGACGGAGGAGGCGCAGCAGGAGCAGGGCUCCGAGGCCCUGAGGAGCAGGGUGGGGCAGCUGGAGGAGCAGCUGAGGAGGACCCUGCAGGAGCUGCAGGAGGCGCAGAAGGAGAGAGCGAGCCAGCCCCCCCCCUCGCAGGCGGACUACGCGGUCCGGGCGACCAGCGUGGGCUGGCCGGGCGGCGGGGGCGCGACCCCCACAGCAGGGCUGCAGACCGUGGUCAGCGUUACCCAGCAGCCUCGGCGGCGGGAGCAGAGGACUGUGGGAAUUCAGGUGUACACUCUGGAGCAGCCUACUCUGCUUCGGCAGGCAGAGAGGUGGGCAGGUGUGCAGAUAGGCCACACCCCCCAAGCACAGACAGGCCACGCCCCCCCCAGCGCAGACAGGCCACACCCCCCCAGCGCAGACAGGCCAUGCCCCCCCAGCGCAGACAGGCCACAUCAAACAGCCCCUACCCCACCCAUAGAAACAACCCCCACCCCACCCAAAGAAACAGCCCCUACCUCACCUAUAGAGACAGAGCACCACUCCCCCAUUGUCACAGACCAUGCCUCAUCUGUACAGAUGGGCUCCACCUCAACCAUCGAGACAAGCCGCACCCCAGCCACAGAGCCAGGCCACACCCUUCCCACAGAACCAGACCAUGCCCCUCCCACAGAGCCAGGCCACACCCUUUUCACAGAACCAGACCAUGCCCCUUCCACAGAGCCAGACCACACCCUUUCCACAGAACCAGACCAUGCCCCUCCCAUGGAGACAGAACAUGCCCCACCCAUAGAGACGGGCCCCACCCAAGCCAUAGAGACAAGCCCAGCCAAUGAGAGAGAACAUGGUCCACCAACUGAGACAGGCCACAUCACAUCCAUUGUAACAUGCCAUAUCCUACACACAGAGGCAGAACCUGCCCCGCCCAUAGUGAUAGGCCACGCCCCUCCCACAGAAACAGAAGCCCCGCCCAUGGAGACAGUCCGUGCCCCUCCCAUGGAGACAGUCCGUGCCCCUCCCAUGGACAAAGAACACGUCCCCCCUACAGAGACCAGCUUCCCAGUCUAUCCACACAGCUCCCUGGAGUGUACCAGGCAUGAAACCUGGCACAGAGAAGACACGCCCCCUCAGCUUCCAAUCGCGGUCUCUUCCAAGGAGAUUCGGGAGGUCCUCCUGAAGAGUGAGGUGUCCACGUCGAUGCCGGUCUCUUGUGCCACCAUGGCGACGGAGACCAUCUGCAACCAGACGCUCCCGCUGUCCGAGAGGUUACGGGAGGGGGAGGGAGCGCUCCAGCUGACGGACACGGAGGCCGUUCGGUUGCAGGAAGACGCGUCAAAAUCAGCCUCUGCUCAGGCAGCGCCGCGAUCCAUCAUGAAGAGGAAGUCCGCCUCUCCGUCCACCUCUCCGUCCGCCAAGAAGAACCUGCAGUUCAUCGGGGUGAAUGGCGGAUAUGAGUCCACUUCCUCGGAUGACAGCAGCAGUGAGAGCUCUCAGGAGGAGGGCGAUGCCAGUGAAUUCCAUGAGGCCCCUGAGGGAAUCCCCGGACCUCCGGCUGAGCACUUACCGGAAGGAUCCGCCGCCCCCCCUGCCUCUGUCACUCACACAGAAGCAUGCGCCUCUACCCAAUCAUCAUCUACAGACUCAGCCCCCCAGCAAGGCAGCGGCCAAUCACCAUCCACAGAACCAUCCCCGCAGUGUGGCACUAGCCAGUUACCAUCCACAGAACCAGCCGCCCAACACGGCACUAGCCAAUCACCAUCCAUAGAAUCAGCCCUCCAGCAUGGCAAUAACCAAUCACCAUCCAUAGAAUCAGCCCUCCAGCAUGGCACUAGCCAAUCACUAUCCAUAGAAUCAGCCCUCCAGCAGAAUACCAGCCAAUCGCUAUCUAUAGACUCAGCCCCUCUGCAAGGCAGCAGCCGAUCAGCGUCCAUAGAACCAUCCCCCCAGCACGGCACUAGCCAAUCACUGUCCAUAGAAACAAUCUCUAAGCAAAGCAUUAGCCAAUCACCGUCCAUGGACGCAGCCCCCCAGCCAAGCACUGCCAAAUUUGUUUCCAUAAAUUCUACCCUCCAAGAAUAUUCCAUCCAAUCAUCAACCAAGGACCCUGCCCCUGAGUUAACUGCUACCCAGUCACCAGUCACAGAUCCUGCCUGUCAACCAAGCACGACCCUAUCACUCACCAUAGACCCUGCCACAGAAUCAAGUGCAACCCGAUCACUAGCCACAGACCCUACCUCCCAACCAAACACAGCCCAAUCACCAACCACAGAUCCUACCUCUCAGCCAAGCACAGCCCAGUCACCACCCACAGAACCUGCCUCGCAGUCCAGUACCACCCAGCCAUCCACAGGCCCUGCUGCCCAGCAGACAACCCAAGAAGAGGGACUGGGAGACCCCAGCUCCGGCCAUUCUGUUUCCCAGGAAACCAGAGAAUCUUCUCACUCCAGACUGGAGCUGAGCGACAGCCUGACGGCAGCGCUUGUGGUCCUCCAGAAAGCCCUGAGCGAACCCAAUGGCUUCGGCCAGCAGGAGGCGAGGGCGGCCUACACCGUGGUUCUGCAGGAGUGGCUUCGCGUUUCCUGUCACAAGACCGCGGACACGGGCCUGGUCCGGGCCUACAUGGACGCCUUCGCCGCCGUCUCCCCGCAGCUGCUGGAGUUUGUGGUCAACAUGGCCGACGGCAACGGCAACACGGCGCUGCACUACACCGUGUCCCACUCCAACUUCCCCGUGGUCAAACUGCUGCUGGACACGGGUGUCUGCAAUACAGACAAACAAAACAAGGCGGGAUACACAGCCAUCAUGCUGACUGCGCUGGCUGCGUUCCACUCGGACAGCGAUCUGCACACCGUGGUGCAGCUGCUGCGCACGGGGGACGUCAACGCCAAGGCCAGCCAGGCGGGGCAGACGGCCCUGAUGCUGGCGGUGAGUCACGGGCGGGGGGACAUGGUGCGGGCACUGAUUUCCUGCGGGGCGCAGGUCAACAUUCGGGACGACGACGGCUCCACCGCGCUCAUGUGCGCCUGCGAGCACGGGCACGUGGACAUCGUGCGCCAGCUCCUGUCUGUGCCCGGCUGCGACGCCACACUGGCAGAUAACGAUGGCAGUACCGCCCUGUCUAUCGCUCUCGAGGCCUCUCACAAUGACAUCGCGGUGCUCCUCUACGCGCACCUCAACUUCGGCAAGCCACCCUCUCCCGUAUCUCCAAAGAGUCCUCAGUUGACCUCUCCCAGUGAAGCAAAGUAACUAACAAGAACCCAACCCUGCAGCCUUACAAAGUGUGUGUGUGUGUGCGUGCAUGUGUGUGUGUGUGUGUGUGUGUGUGCGUGCGUGAAUACGUUUGUGUGUCAGUACGAAUAUCCUUGUUCAUGCGUGUGGUUCACUUUUGUACAAUCGGUACUUGUCUGUGUGCCUGUGUGUUUGGUGUAUGGUGUUUCAGGUGGAAUCUAAAGGAGAAUAGGUAGCUGGGGGAAAAAAAACUAUUUCCCCGGAAGUUUUAAAGAUUGGUGUGACAAAUUGUGGCGCUGUUUUUUAACAAACAGUAUCAGUAUCGAGUCAAGAUACUUCCCCCAUCCCCAACCCCCAAAAAAAGACUUUAGUCUGUAUGUGCAUCAGAACAGUGAUGCUCCAAUUCAUUAUUUUCAGUCUUCCUUUAUGAACAUGGGUAGAUGUUUGCUGUUACAGUUGAUAAGGAUGUACACACACUGAGUUCACUUUGAGGUGACUGAGAAAUUGAUUCUGAAGUGGAUUUCAGGGUGAAUAAAAAUUCUGUUUCUGUUCUUAGCAGGAGAGAUCAUUUCUCUGUUUGUGCAGUAGGACAAAAAUGUUCUUUGGGAAGAGGCGUUACUGUAGACCACUUCUGCUGUCUUGUGAUCCCAGUCCUGUUUGCAUUCACAUCUUCUAUAAGAGGUUAUAGUCAAACUUAUAUACACAAAAUAUUAUUUUAUUUAAUUUUGAUACUUUAACACGUUACACUAUUCAUUUAUAAUUAUGAACGUUCUUUAUGAAUAAAAACAGCACCUGUCCAAAAAAUAAGUAUAUAUGACAGAUGAGUGAGUGGACUUGGCAGGACUUAUAAAUGCACUUGCCCUUAAUCGUGAAGGUGUUUCGUCAGGUCAGCUGUGGUGUCAGCUGCUGUGGUCGUGUUCAGAGAGAUGUCAUGCUGUGUGCUUGAUGUAUUUGGAGAGGAAUUGUUUGGAGCAUCCAUAAAUAUGUCCAUAGUAGGCUGGAAACACAAUAUCUUAAUGUUCCUAUUCCGAGAAUCAUCUGUUCUCUUCUUAGAACGCUGGUGUCAUUGAGGUCAACAUUAUGAUGCAUUGAAGGAAUCCACCGCACUAUAAAUCUAGACUUUUCCAUCAGCCGAAAUUUAUUACAACAGACCUCUGGAUAUGAAGAUAUGGCACAUAAACCUGAAAGUUAUGGCGCUAUGCUGGUCAACAGUAUCAAAUAGCAUUGCCUAAAAUAUCUAUAUUCCCUCAUUUGGUUUUUGUGAGUUUUUACUGUUUUUCAGGGCCUUCAUUUUGACUCCCAAAAUAUACAGUUGACUAUUGUGUCAUUCACUCAUUUGAUUAAAUGUGACCCUUUAAUGAGAAUUUUUAUUGUUUUAUCAUCUGAGGAGCUUUUUUUUAUGGAACCUUAAAGAAAUCCAGUUUUAAGCCUAUGCAUUUUUGCCUUUUAGACGUUGUUGAGGUUAUGUUAUCUUUGACAGAAUUCAACGGCUUAUGAAAAGAUUUCAAAUACAAUAGCUGCAAUGCUUUCAAUUUCCAGAGAGGUCUUUUCAAAUACUGUGGUCAUGUCAUUGUUUUUUAAGUGGCUCUGGGGUUUUUUUUCCCCCUAGUACUUUGGAAUCGGGAACCACACCAGUUUUCCUCACCAAGCUCGUCUUCAGGCAACUCUGAGAGGGACUUUAAUUUGGUGCAAUUCCCCAUUGCAUUAAGAAUUCGGUGAGCUGCAUUUAGCGUAAACAGCCAUAACUUCUCAAGUCUGGGAAAUGCACAUUAGAAAUGGCCGUAAGAACAUUCCGUGAGAUUGCUUGAUAACGAGAACAGAUCAUUCAGCCUAUUUCAGGUUGUAUUUUGCCUGCUGUCUGAAGACUGUUUAGCACCUCAAGGGUGUCUGUGUCUGCUAUGAGUCAUAUUAAGCUAUCCGAAGCACUGGAAAACUGCCCUGCUUCGAAAAAUACGUCCUGAAACCUUACAUUGAUUUCCAACAUUUUUCUCCUUAUUUUCGACAGACUCUGCCUUAAAUAACUUACACAAUUUACAUUAUUAAUCUCUCUAGUUAAUCAGAUCAACCUUUCCAUUCAAUAUUUCAUAUACGUGGUGCAGUCGGAAGGCACUUAUGCAUUAGAUCAUUGAAAUGAAGGGUAUACUAAUAUGAAGGUAGUCACUGUGUUGUUGGUGUAGAAGGUGUUCAGUGGGUGUUCAGUCGGCGUUUGGUGUGGCAGGAAGUAGGAGAUGGAGUGGUUGAGGAUUAUGGGUAAUGUAUUUUUUUGCAAUUAAUAAAUAGUUCAGUGUGAUAAAUGCGUACCAAAAUAAAUAUGCUAUAUUUCUGAAGGUACAUGUUGACUAAAUAAAUGAACAACAUGAAAUGUUGAAAUCAAGCGUAAAAAGCAAUACAGUAUAUUUUCAAAUAAAAAUAAAUUACUAAAUAAAAAAAAUCUGUUUUUAAACAAACUUUUCCUAUCAACAGUUGGAAUAUCUUAUAUGUUUUAUAACCUUUUGUAUUUGUUUUGACUAUAUAUCUUUAUAUUUGUAAAAAUCUGUACACAAACCAUAUCUAUUGGCUCGUUUGCCUGUUUGAAUUAUACUUAGCAGGCCACAAAGUAUUCACUUUGUUUCUCUGUCUUUUUUGAAUAAAUAAAUUCGAGGAAAAAUAAAGUCA